AUUACAACUACUAAACUAUUUGUUGUUGUAGUAUUCAGUUUCAGUUUUACGCCGGUGAAAGCUGUUAAGUGCGAAUAGUUGGUUGUUUGUGCAUAUAAAUAAAUAUAGUAAAAAUUCAGUUGUCGUUGCCUUUAUCGGUCGGUUGGUCAACGUGAAAUAAGAACUUUAAAGACGGCUAUCGAUUACGUUACGCUUUAGCUUGAUCCCAUUAAUUGUGUGAACUUAUUGGCCACCUACCUUCCUCCCAUCAUCGCUGGGUGAAGUUCUACGUUGUCAGAAAGUGAAUAACAAAAAGCUAUGCAAAAGUAAUCAAGGACAAGACUAAUCCAAAAUGUACGAAUUCCCUAAAACAAAAUUGAUAAUGAACAAUGAUGGCCAGCGCUGUAUAAAUAAAAGCCAUUUGAUAUUGCUCAUAUUUGCCAUUGCUCUGAAUAAUGUACAACGCUGUGAUGGUCAUGGUCGACUAAUCGAACCACCAAGUCGUGCAUCGGCAUGGCGUUAUGGUUUCAACACACCGCCUGACUACAAUGACCACGAAUUGUACUGUGGCGGUUUUACGCGUCAGUGGAAACGCAAUGAAGGUAAAUGCGGUGUAUGUGGAGAUGCGUGGGAUAUGAAAGAACCACGACCCCAUGAACAAGGCGGCCAAUGGGGUCAGGGAGUAAUUGUGCGUCGCUAUUCUCCUGGAUCACAAAUGACCAUACGCGUAGAGUUAACCGCCAGUCAUAUGGGAUAUUUUGAGUUCCGUCUAUGUCCAGAGCCGAAAGCAAAUCAGGAAUGCUUAGAUCGUAAUCUAUUAACAAUUCUAGGAGGAGCACCAUCUGUGCCAGCGCCAAAUGAUUUAGAAACACGAUUCUAUCCCCGAAAUGGAAGUAGAAUUUAUGAAAUAAAGUCCAAGUUACCAGAUAUAACAUGUGAUCAAUGCGUUUUGCAAUGGCGGUACAUAGCUGGAAAUAACUGGGGUAUGUGUCCCGAUGGCAAUGGAGCUGUUGGCUGUGGUCCGCAGGAAGAAUUUAGAUCAUGUGCUGAUAUUGCAUUGGGAGAAGGCAUUCCCAAACGUCCAGUCAGACCUCCCAUUCGUCCAACAUUGCGUCCCAAAACAACUACCACCAGCACGGAGCCCAGUCAACCAGAGGAAUCCACGGAGCCAUUCAAUUAUGUUCCCCUACUUGUUAUAUUCAUUUUAUUGUUCCUUGGCUUGGUUGCCUUGGCCAUUUGGUAUUUGUAUCGGAAGAAUAAUCCGCUUAUUGCACAAUGCAAGGAAUAUGUCGAUAAACGUCUAUGUAAGAAAAAGCCACUGCCUGGUACAGUAACGACUGCUACACAAAAACGAUCGACACUAUCAGCGUUUAGUUCAGUUCCUGUACUUGGAAAUAAUCCCCUCAAAGCAGACACUGCUAAUCGGACAUCCACUGAUGCAGUACCAGUUCCACCGCCUCGCUUAAAACGAAAUUCUCGCGUUAAAGAGAUGUCACCCGAUGAAUCAAGCAUAGCAUAAGCUUUAAUUGGAAAUGAAUCUUUUCAUAUCUCAACAACUUGAAAUGGUUUCGUGUUUUCUAAUUCGUUAGUUCACUUAAUCGUACAAUAGUAUUUAUAUAUGCAAAUGAAUUGUGCUCAUUAUUGAUCGGCUGAAAGUUCCGAAAAGGAAUUAUACGUUGAUUAGAUUGACUAGUUAUGUUUGCACAUUAUCAUUAAAUUUUAUUAUUUAUUUAUAGACUUCGGAUAAUGGAAUAAAUUAAAAAUACACCCGACUGCCCUUAACUUGUGUUCCAUAUAAACUUAAAAAUAUUAAACAUAGAUAUUAAAGUUUAUAAAAUAGUUUAAGCACAUUAAAACCAUUAUGUAUUAUUUUAUGUAUGUAUUUCAUAAUAAAAUAAUGUAAUAUAUCACAUCAUAUUCUAAAUAUAUUCAGAUUUAGAUGUGAUUAUAACAUUUAUAUUGUAAUUUUGUGAUAAGCAACUACAUAUGUAUAUAUGCAUGGAUAAUCAAAUGUCAAUAUUUUUUAACAAUUAUCAUAUACUAUAUUAAUUAUGGAUUUGUUUUAUUAAAAAAUCUAAAUUAUAUACAAA